AUGUCAAAGAAGUUUGAUAAACUGUUAGAAGCCGCAACGGAUAGCACAAAUCUAGAGCCGAAUUGGGAUGGCAUCAUAGCAUGUUUUGAUUCUGUUAGAUCAGGAGAAGUGCCCGCAAAAGCUGCAAUGCAAUCGAUGCGAAAACGAAUUCAACACGACAAUCCUCAUGUUGUGAUGCAUGCACUACUCGUUCUAGACGCCUGUGUGAAAAAUUGUGGCCAUAAGAUCCAUGCAGAGAUUGCGACCAGGGAAUUUAUGGAGGAAUUCAAAAAUUUGGGUAUCGGUGGACAGUAUGAGAAUGUAAAGGCGAAGGUGUUGGAAAUGUUACAGUGCUGGGCUGUGGCUUUUGCCAACAAACCAGAGUACAAGAUUGUUGUUGAUACCCACAACCUAAUGAAACUUGCCGGUUUCGAUUUUCCCUCCAUUAAAGAAGCUGAUGCAAUGUUCACAGCGCAGGUGGCCCCGGAUUGGCAUGAUGGAGCUGAAUGCUUUCGUUGUCGUUCGGAAUUCUCCUUGUUCAAUCGCAAACAUCACUGUCGCGCUUGCGGCCAAAUUUUCUGUGAUCGUUGUAGCACGAAGGAAAUUCCGCUUCCUCAAUUUGGCAUUGAAAAGGAGGUAUUGCUUGCUGUAGACGUUUGUGUGGUUAAUGAGCCAGCCGCCUCCAUUCCUGUUACCGCGGAACUUUCUCAAGCGGAGAAAGAUAAGCUUCUAAAAGAGAAAGAAGAGGAAGAUCUAGCUCUUGCCUUGGCUAUCAGUCAAAGUGAAGCGGAAGCCAAGGUUAACGCCAAAAGUCUUUGUACGCUAUAUAUAACGGAUGCUGCUUCACUGUCGUCUUAUAAUCCCUCAGAAAUGGGUUACAAGGGCGCAGCUCCAAAUGUAGCUGAAUCUCCAAGCGAUACUCUUGCCGCGGAUGAUCCUCUCGCUAGGUACCUCAACAGAGACUAUUGGCAGCAAAGGAAAGCUGGUGCGUCAACUAAGGUGCAUCUUUCUUUAGUAACUGUUAUGGAAAAUCGCAUCCGCUCGAAUAGUGCUAGAGGUCGUUCCGUUUUAAAUGAUACUGCUAUACAAGGACUAUUUUCCACACUAACAGAGUUUCAUUCUCAAGUGUUGGGUGCCUUAAGCAAGCUUGAUGAAGAGAGAACCUUUCAUGAGACCCUACAAGACCAUCUUGCUCAUAUCAGUGAGGCUCGUCUGGCAAUUGAUGAGUUGCGUAAAGAACACGAGAGGCGCCGGCACGAACGACUCGCUGAGGAGCAAAGACAAAGACAAGCUCAAAUGAAACAAACAUUGGAGAUGAUGCGCAUGAAGAAGCAUGUGAUGUUAAUGGAGCAACGAAACGCCGCUCUGCAACGGUUUCAGCACCAAGAGAUGCAAGCAAGACGGGGGCAGGUAUGA